GGAAGUUAUAUUUUCGGACUGACCGGAGUCACUUGACGCUUCCGGUAGAGAUAAAACCAUGGACGAGUAUCAAACAGAAGAGGAGACUGCGUUCAUCGUUGAAGAUGUGAGCAAAGUAAUUAAAGAGUCAGUAGAAGUCGCCAUAGGAGGAAGUACCUACCAACACAGCAGAGUAAACCAGUGGUCCACAUCUGUUGUGGAGCAGUGCCUCAGUCAGCUCAGCAAAAUGGGAAAGCCUUUCAAAUAUAUUGUAACCUGCAUCAUCAUGCAGAAAAAUGGUGCUGGUCUACAAACUGCUAGCGCCUGCUUCUGGGACAACUCUACUGAUGGGAGCUGUGCAGUGAGGUGGGAGAACAAGUCCAUGUACUGUAUCGUCAGUGUUUUUGGCCUCGCCAUUUGAACCCACUGCUGUACACCUGCUUAUUACCUUCACCAAGGAGACUUUUGUGAGCAGUGUAACUCAAAAAAUGAAGGACAGAUUUUUACAAAGCACGCCUCGGAUGUAGGUUAUGAUCCAAGAAAGAAAUUAUUAGAUUUCAGUGGUGAUCCAGAUUCAGGAAGGUUUAAAAAAAAAAAAAAACAUUUAACCUUGCAUUAUACAGGAGUUAUUUUUUGUUUUGACAUCUUCAUUAAGUCUGCUAAAAUUGUGAAAAUUGGCUGUUAUGUUAAAACUGAAUGGCCAGUGUAAUGAUAAUAAGAAAAAAGUAACCAUAUUGAUUACUUAUAAGCUUUGCUUUCACUACACAGAUCUCUUGCCCAAAAUGGGGUUUCACAGAAUAACAGCAAGCUGCUUUAUAGUAUUAAGGGACUUCAUAAUUCCAUGUUCAAAUGCAGAAAAUACAGGGGUGUUAAUUAUGACACAAAACAACAGCUUUGAGGAAAAGUACCUGUGUGCAUCUUCAUGACAUGUCACCAUCUUCAUGACAUAUCACCAAAAAGGCACUUAAGUUUUCAAAAGAUUUGUUUGGCCUUCUCAGAUUCAUCUGAAUGAAGUAUUACUGUAUAUUCUUUUUGAUUAAAUACAAUUGAUUUAAACACUA